UAAAACGGCAAACGAAUUUAGCUUAUGCACAUGGAAUGUUAGAACUCUCUAUAGACUGGCAGCCUUCCAGGUCUUAUGCCAGCAACUGACACAACACAGAGCCGAUGUCACAGCCUUACAGGAGAUUAGAUGGGUGGGACAAGGCGUAGUUACGUCAUUGGCAGAACAGCUCUCGCAGUAGAAAGUGCAUACCUUGCUCUCGAGGCCUCGUCUCUCGAAGCCGGUCUCCAAGUAAACGCAGACAAAACUAAAUUCCUGAGGGUGUCGAGGGACUUACGUGAGGACACAGCGCAUAAAAAUAUUGGCCAGAAUACUUUUGGAUCUGUGAAUGAAUUUGUAUAUCUUGGUUCUCUGAUAACGAAUAAUAAUAAUAUAACAGCAGAAAUAGUUAAGAGAAUACUGUCGGCGAAUAAAUGCUACUUCGGCUUGCUUAAAUAUUUCUGUUCCAAAAUUCUGUCACGAAAUAUCAAAAUUAUUUUAUACAAAACCCUACUGAGACCCAUUCUUAUUUAUGGCUCAGAGACAUGGGUACUCAGCAAAAAAAAUGAGAACCGUCUACUUGUGUUCGAGCGUAAGAUUCUAAGACGGAUAUUCGGUGCUGUGCAGCAAAACGAGAUAUGGAGGACGCGCUAUAACCACGAGUUGUAUGAUGUUUACAAAGAUCCUAACAUCAUAACAACUAUAAAGAUUGGACGCCUACGAUGGGUAGGACAUGUGGUUCGAAUGGAGAGUACCAGAAUGCCGAGACAAUUGCUCUAUGGCAAACCAGAGGGCCGCAGAAGUCGUGGCAGACCCAAACUCCGAUGGUUGGAUGGCGUGGAGCGCGACCUCAAAAAUAUCGGCGUCAAGAACUGGAAGGAGAAAGCCCUGAACAGAGCAGUCUGGAGAGACAUACUGGACCAGGCUAAGGCCCACCCUGGGCUGUAA